AUGGCCCCGCCCAGAUAUGCUACAUAUCCGUCUCUGGAAGGCAAAGUCGUAGUAAUCACUGGCGGCGCAGAAGGCAUAGGUGCAGCAGCAGUCCGCAUGUUUGCCCACCAAGGCAGCCAAGUCAUCGCUUUGGACAUCUCCGAACCAAGCUCCACCAAACUCCUCGAGGACAUCAAAACCAACGCCUCCCAAUCCACCAUCAUCCCGACCUUCCACCAAUGCGACGUCACAGACCUAACCCGCCUGAAAGAGAUCGCCGACGACAUCAUCCGCAAUCACGAUAACAAAGUCGACAUCCUCGUCAACAACGCCGCCUCCUCAGCUGGCAAAGCUCGCGUGGGAACGUUCGAAGUCACAGAGGAUAGCUGGGAUUUCAACCUAAACGUCAACCUCCGCCACCAAUUCUUCCUCACGCAAUACCUCGUCCCCGCCAUGAAGAACGCCGGCGGGGGCUCCAUCAUCAACAUGGGCUCCAUAACCUGGCGGAUCCCCGCGACAGGCCUCCCCAUCUACACGACCUGCAAAUCCGCCAUCUUAGGCCUAACCCGCACGCACGCCCGCGAGUUCGGCAAGGACAACAUUCGCGUGAAUAGCAUCAUGCCUGGGAGUAUCGCUACCGAGAGGCAGAUUGCGGAGGUUUUGACGGACGAGUAUAAGCAGCAGACGUUGGAUGCGCAGGCUUUGAAGAGGGUUCUUACGCCCGAUGAAGUGGCGAGGACGAUUUUGUUUUUGGCGAGUGAUGAUGCGGGUGCAAUUACGGGGAGUUCGUAUGUGGUCGAUGGGGGGUGGGUUGGUGAUCCGUAG